AUGGCCCACUUCAUGUCGACGGGGGAUGGUGACAGCAACAGCAACAACAACGCCGCUGCCGUCGAUGCUGAUCCAAACAGGCCCAGCACCAAGUUUGUGCACAAAUUGUACCGCAUGGUGUGCGAUCCCGACUAUCAGCACCUCAUCUGUUGGAACACAAACGGGACGAGCGUGGUGGUGACGCACUUUGACGAGUUUGCCAAAGAGGUCCUUGGCAAGCAUUUCAAGCAUUCCAACUUUUCCAGCUUCAUUCGGCAGCUCAACAUGUGAGUUGGCGCGCUACGCUCACGUCACGGCCCCUCUCACGUCACGCUCCCUCUCACGUCACGCCCCCUCUCACGCUUUCCAGGUACGGCUUUUACAAGGUCAACAAGACCCCCCGUGGACACCGAAACGCAGUGGAUACGCAGGUGUGGGAAUUCUCGCACCCCAAAUUCCUUCGAAAUCGACCCGACUUGCUGGAUGAUAUUCGACGAAAAGCGCUAGACUCGGAGCAUGCUCGCGUCGAGGCGAGAGAUUUGCAGUACAGCGUUUCGGUCGGGCAGAUGCACCUUCGAGCUCAGGUGGACGAGAUGCACUUUCGAUUGGACGAGUGCUUGGAGACCAACAUGAGCCUUCGAGGGGCGCUCGUUAGUAUGAGGGAGGUGCUGGGUGGCGUGCUAGAUUGGAUCAAGGUGCAAAAUGGCGGACAAUUGCCGUACGAGCUGAGAAUGAUUCGAGCAGACAUUCCCAUCCCCAGUCCCAUGGCACCCACCUGGCAAGAAUCGCCGUGGAUGA